AUGGAUCCUCUUGCGCCGGUGGCGCCGCCACCCGAUGGCGUUGUGCCUGACUUCCACAGCUUCACUUCCCACCAGCUUGAGCUGUGCAUCAUUUUUGCCGUCACAUUUUCCGCCGCCACCUUGCUCGUGGGAGCUAGGCUUUAUACUGGCUUCUGCCUCGUGAAGGGCUCAGCGUGGGAUGCUUUGCUCGUCGUGAUAUCGUGGUGUUUUAGUGCGGGCUUCUUCGUAGCCAUUGUUAUUAUACUUCCGGCAGGCUUCGGCAGACACAUUUGGGACGUCAACCAGGAACAGUUUGCAGCCUUCCUCCGCAUGGUGCCGGUCCUAGCUGUCACCUACUUAUGGCCGCCUACAUGCGUCAAGCUAUCCCUGGCGAUAAUCUACUACCGAAUCAAUCCCAACAUGGUGUUCCGGUACUGUGGGCACUGUGUAGCCGCCUUCACCAUCACACCGACAGUCGUCUAUACCGUGCUCCUCUUGGGCCCGUGCAACCCGCAGAAGGGCAACCUGCAAUGCCUAAACAGCGUGACCAUAUCACAGAUGGCGACGAACAUCAGCAGCGACUUGCUCCUCCUGGCAAUGCCUAUACCAAUGACGCUGAAGCUUAACAUGCCCAAGAGGCAAAAGCUGACAGUGGCCGCGUUACUGGCCCUCAGCUCUUCUUGCGUCGUGUUCCCAAUCAUCCGCGCAGGAUAUAUCCAGAGCUGGGUCUCCAACGUCGACGUGACCUACAACCAGGCGACCGUGACGAUCCUGGCCAUUCUCGAGCUCAACAUCGGACUCAUCUGUAACUCGAUGGCCAUGCUCCGCCCGUUCGUGCGGCAGCACAUGCCACGCCUCGGAGAGAAGCUCUUUGGCAGCGGCGUCACUGGCCCGUCUUCUCACCCGAGCGAUAACAGCAACAGCCGUAGCAGGAUUGCCGGCCGUGAUCGGACCCAGACCACCGUGACGGCCGCCGCGGGCGGCGGCGGCGGCGGCGGCGGCGGUAGCACCAGGGUCCCUUUCCACGAGCGCUGGGCCGGGCGUGGUCGGUCAGACAACUACAUGCUUCACAGCAUUGGCAAGUCUGGCAUGCCGCCGUCCGAUAUGGCAGUGCUGGAAGCUCAGCAGGAGAACCAUGGGAAGAUCCAGAUCACGAGCGAGAUUGAAGUCAGCAAAAGCGGGGAGUCGUCCAGCGAGCGCCGGAUCAUGUACGACUCGUCCUGA